AUGAGUACCAUACAGAGUCUCAAAAAUUUCAUACGUCAUGGGAAGCAAGCCCGCCUGGUGACGCCGCAUGCCGAACCCACCACCAAUGUUUCGCCCAUCCAUGCCGAACAACAACGUCAACCACAAGGCUCCUAUCCCGCCGCUGCCGGGAACCUCGACGCCAUUGACAGCAAAUUGGGUAACGGCCACGCCCAGCCUUCGCAGAGAAACUCCGACUCGUCGCAGCCCAGGCGAGCUCGCGAACUCGAGAUUGAACAGAUCAUCGCGGAGGAGAAGAGCAGCCGGAACAAGAUGCCGAAAUACCCGGGUCUCGAGCGCUGGAUCUUGAUGGAAAAGAUGGGUGAUGGCGCCUUCAGCAACGUCUACCGUGCGAAGGACACUACUGGCGAAUUUGGGGAAGUCGCCAUCAAGGUGGUGCGCAAAUUCGAGAUGAACAGCAACCAGACUGCCGCCCAUCUGCAUCCGGGGAUCAGAAAGAAACCCAAAGCUACGGAGCGUGCCAACAUUCUGAAAGAAGUGCAGAUCAUGCGCAACCUCGAUCACCCCAACAUCGUCAAGUUGAUCAGUUUCUCCGAGUCGCGUCAAUACUACUACAUCAUCCUCGAACUCUGCCCCGGUGGCGAGCUGUUCCAUCAAAUCGUCAGAUUGACCUACUUCAGUGAGGAGCUUAGUCGCCAUGUUAUUUUGCAGGUCGCCAAGGCAAUUGAAUAUCUUCACGAGACUUCUGGAGUUGUGCAUCGCGAUAUCAAGCCCGAAAAUCUUCUGUUUUAUCCCACAGAGUUCAUUCCGAGCAAACACCCCAAGCCUCGCCAGCCCGGUGAUGAAGAUAAGGUCGAUGAGGGCGAGUUUAUACCCGGAAAAGGUGCCGGUGGAAUCGGUGUGAUCAAGAUUGCCGACUUUGGGCUGUCGAAGGUUAUCUGGGACAGCCAAACCAUGACACCAUGUGGCACCGUCGGAUACACCGCCCCCGAGAUUGUCAAAGACGAGCGGUACUCCAAGAGUGUCGAUAUGUGGGCACUGGGUUGCGUUCUCUAUACCCUCCUCUGUGGAUUCCCGCCAUUCUAUGAUGAAAGCAUCCAGAUCCUCACAGAAAAGGUUGCGCGUGGCCAAUACACCUUCCUGUCGCCAUGGUGGGACGACAUCUCCAAGUCCGCCCAGGACCUGAUCUCUCACCUUCUGACAGUGGAUCCGGAGAAGCGUUAUAGCAUUAAGGAGUUCCUCGCCCAUCCCUGGAUCCGAGGCACCGAUGAGGCCACCGAGGCCGCCGCAGACGCUCCUCCCCUUGCAACUCCUCUUACCACUCGCAAGCAGGGACAGCCUUUGGAUGCGUUUGCCGCCGACCAAGCGCCGUUCGCGCCAAUCAGCGCCCGCCUGGGCGAUCAACCUUCGGCUGGUAUGGAGCGCCCCAUGGACUUCCGCUCCCCAGGCGCGAUCAACUUGCGCGAGGUGUUCGAUGUUGGUUACGCUGUGCACAGACAAGAAGAAGAGGGCAAGCGUCGCAAGAACUUCCGUCAAGGAUACCGUGGGGCCAACCCCUCGACGAACUUCCGGUCGGCGCUUAAUCCUUUGAAUGAGGACUACGACGAGCCGGAUGAGAUCAAUUAUCAACCCAUACAGCGCGAAGACUUCGCACCGUCCAAGAUCCCGAAAUCGUCCCAGCAGGCUGGCGAUGUUGCCGCUAUGGAGGCGAAGCUGCGAUCUACGAACCUGAGCGGCGCCCCUAGUCAUGCCGCUCAAGCACGACAAGCCCACCAGCCCCGACAGCAACAGGGUUACGGACAACAUAGUGCCAAGGUGGCCGCUGCUGCAAGGCAGAGCAUCGCUAGAGGCGCCCGGGAACCUUUCGAGCUGAACCUCGACAAUGCUACUCUGCUCGAGAAGCGCGGUCGACGACAGCAUGGCCAACCUGUUGCUUAG